UUGGCUUUAGAUAGAUUUUUUUGUUUUGAACGUGCGUGCGCGUUAUCGGUGGAGGCGUGUCUUAUUACGUUUGACGAGCAAUCGUCGAUAAGCACACUAGCAAACGUAGCCUACGCGUGGAAACCGGAGCACCAUGAAGUUAGCUUAAUAUCAUUAGCUGUCGUUAGCAUCAACAACGAGACAUUUAGUGUGGACUUUGAAGAGGACAUCCAGGCAGUGGGAGUCACAUAUAAAUAAUGCUACUCUGUCGGAUAUUAAAACCGUCGGCAGCGACUUUUUCAACUCAGAGUCUGAACUCUGUCCAAGUUAGUGCAAACAGAUUAAGGUUAGGGUGCAUUAACCUUACCUGUUCGUUACGCAACAACACUACAAUACCGUUAUGCUCUUUAAGGGUUUGUGGUGGUGGAUAUGCCUAUAAUACACCCCGUAUCUCUAGUCUACAAAUGGAUGGAGGACGGGAGGAGAAGAACACAAAUAUCUUCACAGACUCUUCCACGGUGGAAAUAGGACAACCGAGUCAUCUGGAGCGGGCUUAUAUUUCAGACGUCGCACAAGGCACCUCUAACAACACCAAUGGCAGUUCUCGCUUGUCGUACCCCGUCUGUGGUAAUGGCACCAUAUUUAGACUGACUGAACUGGAAUCAUUUUUGUUUUCAUCACGCGCCAAAGUCAGUUCGAUUUGGCUUCAUACAACGAUUGUGCCGAUGAGGACUGCCUCCUCUACGGCUGCACAGCCGAAGCAUGACACCGGAGACGAGGGGCACACGGCGGCAAAUGCGAAAGAGAAGCACGAGUCUUCGCCGCCGCCGCCCAGCCAGGGUUCCCAGGGGUCGAGGCCCGCACCCCAGCCAGAGGAGGAGGGCAAGCCCAGCAAGACCCAGCAGCUGAAGAAAGUCUUCAAGGAGUAUGGCGCCGUCGGAGUCUCCUUCCAUGUGGCCAUCUCACUCAUGUCACUGGGCAUGUUCUACCUUGCCGUGUCUAGUGGAAUUGACAUGGCUGCGAUACUCUACAAGGUGGGCUUCAGCGAGUCGGUGGUGCAGUCCAAGCUGGCGGCGGGCACGAGCACCUUCGUGCUGGCCUACGCCGUCCACAAGCUCUUCGCCCCGGUGCGGAUCAGCAUCACACUGAUGUCCGUUCCGCUCAUUGUCAGAUACUUCCGAAAGACUGGACUCUUCAAGCCCCCUGCAUCCUCUCCCUGAGAGCAGGGGGAUUAACAGUUGGACCACACACACGCACACACACACACACAUACAGACAUACACACACUUACACUUUUGCUAGCCACUACAUGAAGGAUGAGCUGUAGAUCUGGACUUAUUUUUCGCUUUGUGCUUGGGAUUCCUCCCCGGCCAAGUCUGUGAUCACUCUGUCACUUAGUACUUAGUAAUAUUGAAGAUUUGACUUUUUUUUUUUUUUCUUUGCCGUGAUUACCCAUUGGUCUCUACAUGCAGUAGCGCAUACAUUUAUGACCUGGAAGUUGUUUCACUCAUUUCGGCAUGUCCAUGUGAAACGGACCGAGUAAGACGUCCGUUGUGGUUGGUAUAGCUCAACUUGAACUAGCAAGUCGCAUGUGCAUUCCAGGGGGACGAUGUUUUUGCCGUUGGUUAAAACAUUUUUUUAAGUGCCAAUUGAUGUGUGACCAAGAACUAAUAUCAGGGAUUUUGAGUGUAAACCCCUUCUGUGUGUGACAAAGCAGAUUUUGUGUCAGUUGAGAAUGACAUUGUGUGGAUAAACACACGAAAGCUCUUAAUUAUAUGCUGUGACUGAAAAAACAACAACAAAUGUUGCUAAUUUGUUUUUAUUAUUCAUAUGAUUUUAUCCCUUUUAAGAGAUCAGUUGGUUAAAUAUAUUGUUGUGAAAGUCAGUUGUUAAGCUAUUAGUGGAUGAAGUGAUUGUUUAAUUUUUUUGUGAAAAAAAUUAUUAAAAGGGAGAUAAAUCUGUUUUUCUGAGCCUCUCUUUGCCAUGCCUUUCUUCCAUCAGGUAUAUGUUACAUCCAGCCUAAGAAAUAUCGAGUCAUUCAGCCGGUAACAGUACAAAGGUCUCCCAGAAAAUAGUACGAUCUGUGCUCACCGUGUUGAAGUUUGUGUUCACAGUUGGUAGAACUUCAUUGCAAAAAGGCAGUUAUUUGUUUAGUUUAUAAAUUUAAUCUAACUGGACUGCAAAGUAUUCUGCUUCUAGUGAUGCUUGUUUAAACCGACUCAACAGUGUGUCUAGAGCAGAACUAAGCUCUCUUUAAUUUGGAGGGAGACUUAUUUGCUGUCAAAAAUGUGAUUGUUUUGACUGUGAACUUCUGUGUGGUGUGCUCUAAAAAGAUGGAUUAAAAACUUGAGGAAAACAAACGCCCCUCCUUUUAAAAGUACAUUUGGGUCCCCAAGACGUGACAUGUUUUUCUUUUAUUUUGUUUGUUUUGUCUAGAGAAUGAUUGAAUUGCCAUCCAGUUUGGACAGUUGUGCCAUUGUUUUUGUGAUUGGAUGGCCUGAUAUUUAUGCUAUGGUGUCAUGCUAAGUGCAAUAAAGACUCACUACAUCAGGA